CAGCACACUAAAACGAGGCCGUCUCUGCCACGUCGCCAUUACAAAUUCAUCAUACUUUCACGAAAACCUUAAAAAAUUGGUGAUUUAAAGCAAGAUGCAGUAUCUCAGACGCGAUAAAAAAGAUGAGGAAGAAUCUCUUGUGAACCCCUUCCAGAACAUCGACAAAGGAGUUGUGUUACAAGAGUGCCGUGUUUUCAAUGAAACACCGAUCAAUGUCAGGAAAUGCAUUCACAUUUUGACCAAGAUUCUGUACUUGACUAAUCAGCAUCUCCUGAAGCCAAACUAUGAUGUGGUCAAGAGAUGGGUCAAUGAAUGCCAAGAAGCUGUGUCUAGUGAUAACAAUAUGGUUCAGUAUCAUGCACUUGGAUUACUUUACCAUAUCAAGCAAAGUGACCGUCUUGCAGUGUCUAAAUUAAUAGCCAAACACUCAAAGCACUCCCUUAGGUCUCCAUACGCAGUAUGCAUGUUGAUUCGCAUUGUUUCAAAGUACCUCGAUGAAGAGCCAGAUGCAGCAAGCAGUCCCCUGUAUGAUUUCCUAGAGAAUUGUCUCAGACACAAGAGUGAGAUGGUGAUUUAUGAGGCYGCACGUGCCAUAGUCAACUUGAAGAACCUGAAAUCUAAAGACCUUUGUCCUGCAAUCUCUGUUCUUCAACUGUUUUUGAGCUCACCACGGCCAACACUAAGGUUUGCAGCUGUACGUACACUCAACAAGGUUGCCAUGACGCAGCCUAUGUCUGUCACUACCUGUAACCUUGACCUUGAGAACUUGAUCACUGAUGUUAAUAGGAGUAUUGCAACAUUGGCUAUUACAACAUUACUUAAGACUGGUAAUGAAAGCAGUGUUGAGAGGCUUAUGAAGCAGAUUUCAUCCUUCAUGUCAGAAAUCUCUGAUGAAUUCAAGAUUGUUGUUGUUGAUGCAAUCAGGUCUCUUUGCCUCAAAUUCCCAAGAAAACACAUUAUUAUGAUGAACUUCUUGUCCUCCAUGCUUAGAGAUGAGGGUGGUUUUGACUACAAAAAAGCUAUUGUUGAUACUAUUAUCACUAUCAUUGAAGAAAACUCUGAAGCGAAGGAAGCUGGUCUAUCACAUCUGUGUGAGUUCAUUGAAGACUGUGARCAUACUGUGCUAGCCACACGUAUUCUUCAUCUUCUUGGUCGUGAGGGGCCUAGAUCUCAGCAACCUGGUCGAUAUAUCAGGUUUAUCUACAAUCGAGUUAUUCUGGAGAAUGCUGCUGUUCGAGCUGCUGCUGURACGUCACUGGCUAAGUUUGGUGCUCAUUGUGAAAGUCUACUUCCAAGCAUCGAGAUCCUUUUGUCCAGGUGCUUGCUGGAUACUGAUGAUGAGGUGCGUGAUAGAGCAACCUUCUACCUCAAGGUACUUCAGGAAAAGGACAAGGGAUUAUCAUCAGCUUACAUACUCAAUGGUCUCCAAGUGUCCAUUGUUGGACUAGAGUCAGCACUACAUGCCUAUGUCAAGGACACCAACCAUGGUGCCCCCUUUGACCUCAAGACAGUACCCCUUGCAACCACGCCCAUGCAAGAACAAGUCAUCAAGGCUGGGAAACCAGUUAUUGAAACCCCUGCACCAACMACUAAGGCUGCUGCCCCUGUUGCUGCUGCYAGACAAGAUGUGUAUGCCUCUCAAUUGGCAGGCAUACCACAAUUUGCUAAACUUGGUCCAUUGUUCAGGUCAUCGCCGACUCCCAUUGAACUUACUGAAUCUGAGACUGAGUAUGUUGUCAACUGUGUCAAGCAUGUCUUCAAUGACCACAUUAUAUUCCAGUUUGACUGUACCAAUACCCUGAAUGACCAAAUACUGGAGAAUGUAAAGGUGGAAGUUGAACCAUCAGAUGGAGAGUUUGAAGUGGCCUGUUAUAUCCCGUGUCCAUUGCUCGCCUACAAUCAACCAGGAACAACUUAUACUCUCAUUAAAUUACCUGAAGACCCGUCAUCCGUGACAUGUACAUUUUCCAACACACUCAAGUUCGUUGUCAAGGACUGUGAUCCCAAAACGGGUGAACCUGAUGAAGAGGGAUACGAAGAUGAAUAUGUGCUUGAGGAUGUCGACCUUGUUGUUGCUGACCACGUUCAACGAGCUCUCAAGACCAAUUUCUUGGCUUCUUGGGAAGAAGUUGGCGAUGAUUGUGAAAUGCAGGAUACUUAUGCACUUUCGCAGAUGUCAAGCUUAGAAGAGGCUGUCAAGCAAAUUAUCGAAUAUCUCGGUAUGCAACCGUGCGAACGCUCCGACCGGGUACCCGAGGGUAAAAGCUCGCAUGCCUUGCUACUUGCCGGGGUGUAUCGAGGUGGUAGUGAUGUYCUCGUGAAGGCCCGACUCGCGUUCGACCAAGGCGUCACUAUGAACAUCAUUGUACGAAGCAAGGACGCUACCGUCAGUGAAGUCAUUCUCUCAGCUGUUGGCUAAACCUGUUAUACUAGUUUUCAAACCAGUUUUACUUGUAUACGAUAACUAUCAGAUUCAAAUAUGCCAAAAUCAUGGAUACAACUAAUAGCGAAGUGCUCUUCCCCUUUGUUGGAUAAUAGUAUUACUGAUUUAAAACAUCUUAACGGUAAUUUUCCCUUGCAAAUGUCAAAAUUAAAUACAAUUUUAUUUGACGAUGUAACGAAAGAUGCAUUCUUGCAAUCAUUUCAAAAGUCCGUUAAAAUUACACCAGAAAUGAAUGAAUAAAGAAGUAUUAAUUUGA